AUGGCUGAAAUCGGCACUGAAAUGUCGUACCGUUCACAACGAUCCGCAUUCACUCCAGAACCUUCUGCCGAAAGCAUCGAAUGUGGAGAAAGGGAUCAGACUAUGGGACUAAUGGGCAGGAUGUCCCAGUUUGCUCAGAGGGUUGGAGGAAAGUCUAGCAAAUGCAGAGUUUCGGGAUGCAGUGAUUCUGCUAUGAUACAGGAGGAGACUGAAGACAUGCAAAAUGAUGCAUCAUGGGACUCUAGAGGAGAUCAGCUGCGCAAGAGGAACUUCAACAACAAUGCGAAUCAUUGGCCUCUUGCAGCGCUGAAUAUGAACAACUGCAACAACACAGAUGACAAAAAGGAUGACAGGGAGAUAAAGAAAGAUGACAAGAAGGAAGAACCAAAAAAGGAUGAAAAGAAGGAAGAGAAAAAAGAUGAAAAGAAAGAUGAGAAGAAAGACGAAAAGAAAGAUGAGAAGAAAGAUGAAAAGAAGGAUGAUAAGAAAGAUGAUAAAAAAGAUGACAAAAAGAAGGAAGAGGAGAAGCCUAAACAUGUGUGGAUAAUGGAUCCAGCAACAGAUUUGUACUAUCACUGGCUGACCAUCGUAGCAAUACCUGUGUUCUACAACCUUAUGUUGCUUGUUACCAGAGCCUGUUUUAAUGAGCUGCAGGAUGAUUACACAAUCCUAUGGAUGGUUCUGGAUUAUUCAUCAGAUGCCAUCUACUUCCUUGACACAUUUGUGAGAUCAAGGACAGGUUUCUUGGAGCAAGGCUUACUAGUGAGAGGAAUCCAAGAAGCUUGGGAGCACUACAAAAAGUCGCCGCAAUUCAAAUUUGACAUAUUCUCCAUGAUACCAACGGACAUACUAAUGCUGAAAGUGGGUUACAACAAUCCAGAACUGAGAUUCAAUCGGCUUUUCAAAAUGGCUCGUCUGUUUGAGUACUUUGACCGCACUGAAACCAGAACCAAUUUUCCAAACAUCUUUCGCAUCAGCAAUCUCGUCCUGUACAUCCUUAUCAUCAUCCACUGGAACGGCUGCAUCUUUUUGGCCAUUUCAAAAACUCUUGGAUUUGGCUCUGACUCUUGGGUGUAUCACAUCAGUGACCCCGAGUUUGGUCGUCUUGGCAGAAAGUACAUCUAUUUGUACUGGUCCACUCUCACGCUCACUACCAUUGGAGAAACACCACCCGUCAGAGACGUGGAGUACUUUUUUGUUGUUUCCGAUUUCCUCAUUGGCGUGCUGAUUUUUGCCACCAUCGUUGGUAACGUUGGUGCAAUGAUUUCCAAUAUGAAUGCAUCCCGUGCAGAGUUCCAGGCCAAGAUUGACUCAAUCAAGCAAUACAUGCAGUUCAGAAAGGUCAGCAAAGAUUUGGAGGCACGUGUCGUGAAGUGGUUUGACUACCUUUGGACUGAAGAGAAGACUUGCGAUGAAAAGGAGGUGCUCAAGUACCUCCCAGACAAACUCAAGGCAGAGAUCGCCAUCAACGUGCAUCUGGAGACUCUUCGGAAAGUGCGUAUCUUUCAGGAUUGUGAGGCGGGUCUUCUUGUUGAGCUUGUCCUUAAACUUCAACCGCAGGUUUUCAGCCCUGGUGACUACAUCUGCAAAAAGGGAGACAUCGGUAGGGAGAUGUACAUUAUAAAAGAAGGCAAACUAGCUGUGGUGGCGGACGAUGGAGUCACGCAGUUUGUGGUCCUCAGCGACGGUGCUUACUUUGGCGAGAUUAGCAUCCUCGGAAUCAAAGGGAGUAAAGCUGGAAACCGCAGAACUGCAAACAUACGUAGUGUGGGAUACUCUGAUCUGUUUGCGCUCUCCAAAGAUGACCUAAUGGAUGCGUUGUCGGAGUACCCAGAGGCUAAGAAGGCACUAGAGGAGAAAGGUAGGGCUAUUUUGAUGAAAGACAAUCUUAUCGAUGAGGCUGCUGCCAAUGCCGGCGCAGACGCCAAAGACCUAGAAGAAAAGGUGAAUUUGCUUGGGACGAAUCUAGAUGUGAUGCAGACUAAAUUUGCUCGUCUUAUGGCAGAUUGGACUGCCAGCCAGAACAGGAUCAAACAGAGGCUCACCAACAUGGAGGCCCGCGUGAAGACUCUUAGGGAGGAGGAUUUGGACGAGGUCGUAGAGGAUAAGAAGGACAAAUAAUUCUAUACCAAAAUAGACUGACUUCAUACUACGUGUUAGGAUCAUGGAUUACACAUUUAUCCAUAUAGAGGAAUCAGGCCACAUUUGAGUGAGGAAUUUGGUUGAUCUAAAAGUAAAACAGCAGCAUCAUACUAUUAAUAGACGACUGAGUCACAGAACUGGCAUUUCGCAAGACCUAAACAUAAUUUGUGAAGGCACGUAAACAAUGACAGAUCAGACUGCUUCAGUCUCACUAAUUCAGGAUUGCCUUGAAAGGUAAAUUGG